AUGGCGAAUCAUGGUCUCCGAGGUUUCAUAUUGUGGCGGCGAAGAUGGGCUAAGAGAGAGUGGAUCAUCGCAGCCGCUGUGGGAUUCGCCAUACUCAUCUUUGCUUUCUCUCUCCUCUCCAAUUCAAGUUCCAAACAGUCCAAACCCAACCAGCCUUUUGAUUCCUCCAUCAAUGAAGGGGUACCCUUUACCUCGUUGCGCAAUGCCAAAGACAGAGGCGCCUAUUGUUUGGAUGGUAGUAUACCUGGGUACCAUUUUCAGAAGGGUUUUGGAUCUGGAUCUGAUAAUUGGGUUCUUCACAUUGAGGGUGGAGGUUGGUGCAAUACAAUAGAAUUAUGUUCUCUUCGGAAGAGAACUGCAGUAGGUUCUUCAAAUUACAUGGACCAUGAAGUUCAGUUUUCCGGCAUCUUGAGCCGUGACCCAUCACAAAAUCCUGAUUUCUUUAAUUGGAACAAAGUCAAGAUACGAUAUUGUGAUGGUGCAUCUUUUGCUGGCCACCCUGAAAGUGAAUUUAGAGGCGUAGCCAAAAGUUUGGACGAGAAUUGUAUUGCUGGAGUGGAACCUUCUAUGUGUUUCUUUCCUCAAGAAUUUAUAAAACACAUAAAGACCCCAAUUUUCCUUGUCCAACCAGCUUAUGAUUUUUGGCAGGUAACUUUUCCUUCGAUUCGAAACAUCUUAGUACCAGAUGCAUCAGAUCCUCAUGGCAGCUGGUUCAAGUGCAAGCUGAAUAUUCAUAAUUGCAAUCCCAGCCAGAUUGAAGUGCUACAAGGUUUCCGAAGUAAAUUGCUCAAGACACUGAGUGAGUUUCAGCAAAACAAGGAAGGGGGAAUGUUUGUAAAUUCUUGCUUCGUUCAUUGCCAGACAUGGAUGGCUGAGACAUGGCAUUCUCCCAGUUCUCCAAGAAUCAACAGUAAAGUAAGUUUUGUCAAUUAUCCUGUGGCAUGUAGUUCUGAUAAGUCGAUUGCAGAGUCUGUAGGUGAUUGGUACUUCAACCGGAAAGCAGCAAAACAAAUUGAUUGCCCUUAUCCUUGCAAUCCCACUUGCUAUCAUGUGAAUCUUACUUGA